UGUCAGAAGAAGAGGAAGACCAUCUCGCAGUUGUUUAUUGCGUAUUCGAGGAUUUUUUCACCGCAAAGUAGGAAUUGUUUGUGCAACGUAACGUUACAAGACGACGACCACGGCGAAAGGGCAUCAUUUGACGAUACGGAAAAGUGGCUUGGCAAUUAAAGGUCCAAUUCAUUGGUCCUACAUAUUUACGAAGUUGGAGCAGACGUUGGUGGGCAUUUUUCAAGAAUGAGUUUGGCACUACGUUUGACUCGGCUUCCGGUGGUCGUCGUAAGCGGUGUUUGCCAGGAAUCUUCAACAUCGAUAUUCCACAAACACAGCUGUUUAGGUAACAGCACAAACGCAUUACUGCGACGACACUACGUAACUUCAAGCGAUCCUGCACCCAAAAAGACCCCCUCCACAACCCCCGUACCACCGAAAAGCACUCAAUUUGAUACGAACAAGGAAAAGGUUACAACCCCCAUCACAGAUGCAUUCGACACGGCAAAGAGUGGGAAACCCUCAACAACACCCCUCUCGGAAAAUAUCAAUAAAUUGCAACAGGCUACGGCACCCAUUAAAGAUGCUGCAAAGCAGGCGGUCAUAGCCAAAACGAAACUAUCACCACAACAAGUGCGUGAAAAUGUUCGAGGUUAUAUGUUUACACGAUUCUUUGACUAUGUCAAGAACUAUGACAAAGUUUUGGAAAAGAAUUUCCCCUCGGCUAUGAAAGUCUAUCGGGUUUUCUUUGAUGGAGUAAAGGAAUUCUUUGCUGACAUGAAACGCUUUUUGAAAAUUGCACGCAUUGUAAAUGCCUCGUCAAAGGGACUGAAGAGUCUAAAUCGUCAGGAGUUGGAGUUGUACAUGCAAAUGCCCAGGGAUAUGAUAAAGGUGGCGCCGGCUUUGAUUUUAUCCUCAUUGCCCAUGGUGGGUUAUGCGGUGUUUCCAUUGGUUGUCAUGUAUCCCCGCACAUUUCUAACCUCCCAUUUUUGGACUCUGCAACAAAAAUCAGAAUUUAAGCAAUAUUAUUUCCUGGAACGUUUAACCUACAACCGUCCCGUGUUACGUUGCUUACAGGCCAAACUGAAGACUACCAAAAAUCAUCCCAAAUAUGAACAAUUUGCUCAGGUCCUGGGCCAGUUGGGUAGUGGCACCCAUCCCAGUGUGGAACAAAUUUUAGAUAUUAAAGAUAUUUUUGCAGAUUCACCUUUUAAUUUAAUAUCGCUGCCAGGAAAACAUAUCAAAUUGCUCAACAAAAUGCAUGGCAUACCCCGUGGCUGGUUCAAGCGUCACAGUUUAUACGAGCAUGCCUUCUUCAUACACUACAUGGACCUGGCCAUAUGUCGUGAAGGUGGUGUCCACAAUAUGCCGCUCGAGGCAUUGCGUAACGCAUGCUACAUCCGUGGCCUUAAUCCCAUUAACAUGAGCAACGAUGACAUGAUUAUGUGGCUGCGUGAUUGGAUCAAGAUCUCCCAAGAAAUACGAGUAGAACAUUUAACAUUGUAUUUGCAUUUGCCCAUCCUGAUGGCGUAUAAUCAUCCCAACAAUUGGCAAUUGUUGUACGGCCAUAAGGAUGCCAAGAAACAAAGUCAAGCCGCCGAUCAAUAAAUUAGAGCAACGACAGAAGGAAGUGGCAUUGCAAAGUCGACGAAGAUAAAUCCAAACACUGCAUCUAGAAGAUAGUCAAAAAACAAAGAAUAGUAGUCCUAAAACAAAACAAAAAACUGGUCUGUUAUGUUAUUUUUAAUGGUUCCUUUUUCAUUUGGUUUUCGUUUUUUAUAAGUUUUAUUGAAGUCCUGAGAAAGAAAAAAAAAAAUCAAAAUAAAAAAACAAUUGCUGUUAGAUAAUAUCAAA